UCGACCGUCAUUCUUUAUCUUUCUCCACUUGCGCCAUUUGGAUAUUAUCACUUUUUCAGUGAACCGCUGUGCAUUUCUCGCAUUCGUGUGCGGAUAUUCUCCGGAUUAAUUUAGUCGUGAUCGAAUUUUCACUUCUAUUCUGUAUUCAUGUGUUUCAAGUGCAACCGCGAACACUUUUCGUCGCCCAAUUCAUCAUGGUUUCUGCCUUUCUUUUACUUGUUGUGACUUCCUAGUCAAGGGUGCUGACUUUCAGUGCUCAAUCCUAGCUUAUCCUACGACUGUGAGCGUAUUUAUCAGUGUUUUACACUUUUAAAAUGGCUUGCAUUAUCCUUCAUAAUGACCGUUUUUUCUAAAUCUCACAGGUAAUUCCCCAUUCUACUAAUUUAGGUUCAAACAUCGCGGCCCCUGUUCACAAGUAUCUGUCUCCUAGUUCAUACUGUAAGCUUCCUAUCCACCAAAAUGGUCAAAGAGAAACCUAAUUCUACCCGAAUCUACGAUCAGGACGGUUUCAGGCGCCGAGCUGCCUGCAUUUGUGUCAGGAAUGAAUUGGAAAAAGAAGUUUUGUUGGUUACAUCAUCAAGGCGGCCUGAUCAGUGGAUUGUUCCUGGAGGAGGAGUCGAGCCAGAAGAAGAGCCUAGUGUAACUGCCAUCCGAGAAGUUGCAGAGGAGGCUGGUGUCAUUGGAAAACUAGGACGGUGCCUAGGUGUCUUCGAGAAUCAUGACAGGAAGCAUCGAACCCAAGUUUUUGUUUUGAUAGUGACUGAAGAACUGCCAGAUUGGGAGGACUCUCGCAACAUUGGACGUCAAAGAAAAUGGUUUACAAUGGAAGAAGCUCUGAAACAGUUAAGGCUACAUAAACCCGUACAAUUGGUCUACCUAGAGUCUCUUUUGACUGCUACAAACGACAAAGCCACCCUUUGAAAUUCGCCUUUUUUUUUACCUCACCUCAGCUGUAUUGUAAAUUCUUACAUAUUCCUCGAUGUAUCCUCUCUUGUAAACUUUCAAAUAAUUUUUACGUUUCUCAGUUCUAUUACUCCUAAAUGAUACCUAUGUUAAGUUCAUAUUUAUUUGCUCACUUAAUUAUGGAUAACUCCUAUGCAUUAAUUGUAAAAUAAGUCUUCGCAUCAAUGUGUUUGUCUCUUUAUCAUACUUGUGGAGCGCAACUUUGGGAUAGGCUGCCCAAGCAUUUAGUGAAAUCUAUUCAGCCUUUUUUAAGUUUUGUUAGCUUUAUUUCAUGAAUAAUUUGAUUUCCUUUAUUGUAAUUUUGUGGCGAUACUUUUUUACUGUAUUACUUAAUGGGAUUAAUGUAACCUUAACAAGAGAUCCGUCAUUAUUAUACAAUUUUCUCUGUUCUUUUAGCUCUUAAUUGAAUGCAAUCAACGAUUGAUUUAAAAUAACUAUAAAACACUGAGACCUCCUUUAAAGAAUAGAUCAACUAUGGUAAUUUAAAUGAGGAAGUUAAAGAGUCUUUUCUCCAGAAUCAAUGUCUUAAUUUUAAGGUUCAAGGUAUAAUGUCUAAAUUUAAGAAAGCAGAUCUUAUGAAACAGGAGCUUCUUUUGUGGUGGUUUCGGAGCGAUGUUUGAAUUGUCAAAAUAUUUUUAAUGGGAAGAGGUUUCCUCCUUUCCUCUCAGUUUUUCUCUUUCACUUUUUUAUUUUGUUCUGAAGCAUUGAAACUGUAUUUUGAUUUACUCCACUGAAACUGAAGUUUCGUCAUUCUCAGUGUUAAAAACAAAGUUUAAGUGCAUUGGAUUCUUUUAUAUGGCUCUCAUCUGUGAUAUUUGACUUAACAAAACAAAUUCUUAUUAAAAUGAUAAACUAUUUUUCUUCGAUUUAGAAUUUCAUGUUCCAUCGCAUCAUUUAAUUUUAUGUUUAUGACUUUCGAAUCAAUUACAAAUGACUCAAUUUCAUAACUUCUAGCACGCUUUUUUUUUCUCUUUUUUUUUUUAAAUAUACUUAUGUUCAAAGUGGAAAUAAAAUCAGAUUGAACAAAUUA